AAGCGCGCAGCACAGAGCAAAGGUUACGCUUUAACGCUAUCGUAGAAAGUCUAAGCGGUGUUGUUUAUAACGCAUUGCGUUCGUUUUUACUCAUUUAUUCGCGACAAAAAGAUUUGGUCACGGCAACUACGAAAGUUACCAUAAUUGUGGCACAGACCAUUAUUGUUUUGACUCCGCAAGGUGCGUCGAUACCCAGCGUAAGACAGUGAAGCAUUUGGGUUGCACUAAUCUGGACAAACCCAGCGGCAGUCCCGAUGGUUUUAUAGCUCGAAAGCGUGAUGAUAAAAACGCCCCCUACCCCAGCACUCUGCCCGGGUAUGGUCGAUAUACAACACCACAACAACCCCGAGGAACCAGUGGACCAGCUCCCCAGACGUCUGCCUGUGCCUGAACUGGUGGUAACAUGUGAGCCCUGUGUAACACAGUGCGGUCAAAGCCCACACGGACACACAACGGGCCCUCAUCAUCUCGACGAGGAGUCCAUCUGUUCGGACAGCGGGCUGAGCGGCUCUCCCGCCUCGUCUCUUGAGCUGCGGAAGCUCUCCAACGCGUCCUCCGCCGGCCUUUCGCCUGCUUCGUCUUUCGAGGAGUGUGAGGAGGAUUUGAUGGGUUACGGCGAGUGUAAUAGACGGACACUGACGCAGGACGGUGGACUGUUUCCAGGUGAAGCUGUCACGACUGAUCCGUGCAAGAAGUCAAAGACUAUGGUGAACUGGUCUCCCCCUUCAGUGCCAGUGAGAAAACGCUCGCCUUGGGUGCAGGUGGUUGGCCAUGCAGGAAACUUUCAGACAGACAGUGAUGGACGACUGCUGAAGAAGUACUGUGAAUGCGAGCAGCUGUGUUUUCUGCAGCUCAUGAGCGAUCCGCUGCGGCCCUUCGUUCCUGCCUAUUACGGCAUGACUCAGCGCGACAAGCAGAAUUACAACGUCAUGGACGACCUGCUUGCUGACUUUGACUAUCCCUGCAUCAUGGACUGCAAAAUGGGAAGCCGGACAUACCUGGAGGAGGAAUUGAAGAAGGCAAGGGAAUGUCCUCAGCCACGCAAGGACAUGUAUGAAAAAAUGAUAGCCGUUGACCCACACGCCCCAACUGCUGAAGAGAAGUCACAACAGGGAGUCCUCAAAACCAGAUACAUGCAGUGGAGAGAAACUCUGAGCUCAACGGCCACGCUUGGCUUUCGCAUUGAGGGUUUUAAGAAAACAGACGGCUCUUGUAACACCAACUUUAAGAGAACAAAGUACAAAGAUGAGGUGGUCCAGGCCCUGGAGGACUUUGUGGACAAUAAUAUGCAAAUCUUGAAAAGCUACCAACAACGGUUAAAGGAACUGCGGAUCGUCUUGGAGAAUUCAGGUUUCUUCAAAGCACAUGAGGUGGUGGGCAGCUCCUUAUUAUUUGUCCAUGACCAGACCGGCAAGGCUGGAAUCUGGAUGAUAGAUUUUGGAAAGACUGUGCCCAUGCCAUCUCCUCUCACCCUGGACCAUCGCAGCUCAUGGGUGGAGGGCAACAGAGAAGAUGGGUACCUUUGGGGCCUGGACAAUUUUAUUGACAUUUUGACCAGCAUGCUCCCAAAGAAAUGAAGGGCAUUAUGGAUAUAAUCUUCAAAAUUGAUGUUUCUGCAUCUCAUUUUGGGAGACCUCAUCUGUGACGGAAGGUAGGAGACAAGGUCCAGAUAAAAUGCACAGAAUGACAUGAACAUAAAUAACAAGUCAAAAUGAGGAUGAUCUAAACCUGUGAAUAGAUCACUACUUUAGACUUGCUGUGUGUUUUAUACUGUAAAUAGGUUUUAUUUAAGAUGAAAGCGAUGUGCUUUUAUGUAUCAUGGUUUGAGGAGUAAAUGAUUAACGUAAUUUUAUAAACAUUAGCCAUGCACAUGAAAAUCAUUGAAGUCAUUUUGACAGGUGUAUUGACUUAAUAAUAUUAAUGAAAAUCUGGAUGGUCUUAGUUGUGAUAGUUAUCGGGUAUUUUCCCUACAUUUAAGUUCAAUUUUGUGACCAAAUGAUUUGUCAAUGUUGAGAAUGAACUGUGAAUUGAGCGUUUACGCUCUCUACUAAUAGCCCAAUAAUCUGUAGCUGAGUCAAAAGAAAUAUUCAUUUGAAGAACAAACAUACCUCAUGCACAAUUUUUCCUGGGCUGUUUUUAUGCUAAUAUGGAUAGCUCCGAUACUAAUGAAAAAUAUUGAAUGUUUUGAGUUCUGUCUGUGAAUUUCCUCAAACACUGUUUGAAUUCACACUGCACAGGGAGUUAAACUGAUGUUAUGCUUCACAUUCCAAUGUUUUGGGAUUUGCAUGCAAGCAUGACCUGCUCAAGGUACUGUAUAUAAAAAUUGCCAUUCUUUAAACUGCUGAACAGCCCGUUGAUGGCAAAUUAAAUGUUGCUGUGGAAAUGACACGUUUAACAUCAAAAUGACAUUCAGUUAUUGAGCCAGUACUUGCGUGUAUAAAAAAGUCGCACAGUUAAUUCUCACUGUUUUGAUGUUCUGUACUGUAUAUUAAUUGUGGAACUCGUUCUUAAUUUCUACCUGACUGGGAUCAUUAUGUUGGGAGCUUUGUCUUAUUGGCUUGUUUUGAAGUUCUGGUAACUGGAUCGGUGAUGAUUUGUGCUGCAUUUUGUUGUAGAGAUAAAACUGACUGUCAGCACAAUAAACAUGGACAUUUUGUUAA